UUCCCCGUUGCUUCGGUCCAAAGUGCGAGGCUUCGCUUUCCCGAAAGUUUAAGCCGCGGUUUCGACAGAGCAACUGCCGGGGAGAGAAAAGCGAGCGAACCACACUUUUGAUUUGUUGAGGGAGGUUAAUAAUAUAUGCAUCUAUAGCUUUCCGACCCGACGCUCAUCGCCAGAGUUCAGCAAAAAAACAACUUCAGUAUUGGCGUCCCAAGUCGGUAAAUGUUGUUUCACCGUUAGGAGAGCAAUUUACCCCAGCCGUCGACGUUCGAGUGGCGGGUAAACCCGACCUGUCAAACCCGAUGACCACUGCAAACUGUACCGGUAAUGAGGAGCUGGACUUCAGACUGAUCUUCGGAGAGGACGGGCAGCAGCAGUCGUUAGGGCCCGCAGAUCUGGAGCCAGAUGACAAUCCAUCAUUCUACAUCCUAAAUGUAGGCCAGCCCCAGACUGUGGUCACCCACCACCAGUCUGUGGGCCUGCCUCGGCAUGGUAUGCAGCCCCACCCCCAGAUCAUCAGCACCUCUCCACGCCUGCAGCCACACAAGCCAGUCUGUGAGCCUCCAAGCUAUGGGGUGCAGGAUUCCAAGUAUAGCACCUCUCCCCUGGUGCCCUCUGCCCCAUCAGGGCCACCUAAGGCCUUUGAGUGCCCCAGCAUCCAGAUCACAUCUAUCUCACCUAGCUGCCAGCAGGAGAUGGAUGCCAGCGAAGAGGAUCUUAGGGCCAAUGGCCCUGACAGAGACUAUCACAGGGACAGGCCCAUGUCCAGGGACCACCUCUAUCUGCCUCUGGACCACUCGUAUCGGGACUCCUCGCUCAGCCCCAGUCCCUGCAGCAGCCUCUCGUCCAGGAGCUGGUUUUCUGAUGCCUCUUCUUGUGAAUCUUUCUCCCACGUCUAUGAUGACGUAGACUCAGAGCUAAAUGAGGCAGCUGCCCGAUUCACCCUGGGUUCUCCGCUCACCUCCCCGGGCUGUGUGUCCCCUCAAACAGGUGGUGGAGCCCUGGAGGAGCAGCCCCACUGGCAGCACCACCACCCAGCCUUCCACCACUCUCACUCCCUCACCUUGUCACCACGACAGUCCCCUUGCCACUCACCACGCACCAGUGUCACAGACGAGAAUUGGCUGAGCCCUCGGCCACCCUCCCGUCCCUCUUCACGUCCCACCUCACCCUGCGGUAAAAGGCGCCACUCCAGUGCCGACAUCUGUUACCAGGGCUCAGUGUCUCCUCACCACUCACCAACACCAACCCCAGGUCCCUCACCCAGGGGCAGUGUGACGGAGGACACUUGGGUUGGCAGCCCUUCUAUUGGCAUGUCAGCCUUCCAGUGUUGCCCUUCCGAAGCUGACAUACCCUCCAAGACCAGGAAGACCUCUCAGGACAGAACAGCCAUUCAGCCUGGGAAAGGGGAUCUGGGACUAGAUGACCAGGGGAGUGUGCCACCUCAUAUGGACUCUCCAUCAGAGGAGGCACUUCACAGCCUAAAAAAGGAUGGCCCAGGAGACCAGUUCCUUUCGGUGCCCUCCCACUUCACAUGGAACAAACCCAAGCCUGGUCACACACCCAUAUUCAGGACCUCCUCCCUGCCACCUCUAGAUUGGCCGUUGCCCAGCCAGUUUGGCCAGUAUGAGCUGAAGAUUGAGGUCCACCCCAAGGCACACCACCGAGCACACUAUGAGACAGAGGGCAGCCGAGGAGCCGUCAAAGCGACGUCAGGUGGUCACCCUAUUGUCAAGCUCAUUGGCUACAACGAGAAGCCUGUCAACCUGCAGAUGUUUAUUGGAACAGCAGAUGACCGUUACUUGAGGCCACACGCCUUCUACCAGGUGCACCGGAUAACUGGGAAAACGGUGGCCACGGCCAGCCAAGAAAUCAUCAUUUCCAGUACCAAAGUUCUUGAAAUUCCUCUUCUGCCUGAAAACAACAUGUUGGCCAGUAUCGACUGUGCUGGCAUCUUGAAGCUGCGGAACUCAGACAUCGAGCUACGGAAGGGGGAGACGGACAUCGGGAGAAAGAACACGCGUGUGCGGGUGGUGUUUCGAGUCCACAUCCCCCAGAACAACGGGAAGGUGCUGUCACUGCAGGCUGCAUCCAUUCCUGUGGAGUGCUCCCAGCGCUCAGCUCAGGAGCUUCCUCAGGUUGAAAAGUACAGCCUGACCAGCUGUCUGGUCAGUGGGGGGGAAGAGAUGGUCAUUACUGGCUCCAACUUCUUCCCUGAGUCAAAGGUCAUCUUCCUGGAAAAGGGCCCUGAUGGCCGACCACAAUGGGAAGUUGAGGCAAAGGUAAUCCGCGAAAAAACUCAAGGAUCAAGCAUUGUGGUGGAAGUCCCCCCAUACCACAGUAAGACGGUGGGAUCGGCCGUCCAGGUGCAGUUCUAUGUGUGCAAUGGCAAACGGAAAAGGAGCCAAUCACAGCGCUUCACCUACCUGUCAGUCAUGGUGAAACAGGAGCACAGAGAUGAGCUGGACCUUCCCGUUGUGCCCUCUAUGUCCAUGUCCAUGCCCGUGGCGCAUGCUGCCAGCCUGGUGUGCACCCAACUGUCUUCCCCCGAGCAGGGCCACCCAUCGGACAGCCUUCUGUCCAGCUCCCCCCACAGUCUGGCAGCAGGCCCCGGACCCAGCCUGCUUCCCCUGCAGGCCCCCUGCCCCUCCCUGAGCUCCCCGUCUUUCCAGCACCUGCCUCACCUCCAGGGCCGCAGUUUACACCACCCUCCCAUGGACUGCCACAUGACGUUCCACCCUGGCUCUGCUCCUGCUCCUCUUCCUGCCCUGACCCGGCCCUCCUACCAGUCUAUGCAGCACGAACAUAGUCAUGGUCACACCCUGCCCUUCAAUGGCCAGCAAAACCUUCCUCCUCAGGGCUACGAGAGGAUGCCAUAUCCACAGGACCCUGGUGCAGCAUCACACUCUAUCGGUGUGGGCAUGGUAUACCCUGCCUCCUCUUCCUCUUCUGCCCCCUCAUCUUCUACACACAACAACCCUAUUGUUGCAUCUCCCCAUAGCCAGCAGCCCCUUCUCACCCACUCUUCCCCACACCUCCACACAAUUGGGGGCUACCAUUGCUCCCCAAACUCCAACCAGGUGGCCACUCCAGGAGGCCAUUCAUUAGUGGGGCAGCCCUCCUCCCAGCUGCAGAGGGCCAUGGGUUACCACCCUGCAGGUCAAAGGUCAGCCUCUUGCCCUACACCAUCCAGUGCACCUCCACCACGAAUAAUCCCCUCGCCCCACUCCGGGCCCUCCUCCCCUCAGCUCCACUCACUGCCCUAUCAGUCCCCCACCUCACCCUCCCCUACAUCCAGUGGCAGUCCCCUGGGUCCCCUGCAACAGCAGCGCUCAGGACAGCCCUCUCCACAGGCCAGCAGCCCAGUCAUGGCUAGCCUGUCCCCAGCAUCAGGACCCCUAGUCCACCCUCUAGCCCCUCAGGGCCCCUUCCCCACAGAUGGGGAAAGGGUGAACAUCAAGCAGGAGCCAGAGGACAGGGAGCCCACCUUCCGUUCUAUAGGCUUGCAGGACAUCACGCUGGACGAUGUGAACGAGAUUAUCGGCAGAGACAUGUCCCAGUCCCCAGGCGCACAUGGUCCUCCAGUAGCACACAGCCAGAGCCAGUCAUAAGUCGCCCAGGCUGUGAUACACCCUGUUGGGCCACCUGCUUUCCUCUCCAGCCCACAACCCUGCAUUUGUCUAUCGGCACCAUGGACCCCGGUCCUUUUACAGAAAGGACAAGACGCAGCAGGGUGACAAGAACGGAAGAGGCAAUGUGGUCCCGCGAAAAGAGCCUGCAACGCCUCUUGGACCCACUAGACGACAAGUCAGACAAGAACACUCUUUUCUUGUGUAGCCUGACUUUACACGAAAGCUAGUGCGCACACGUAAAUAUGCCGAACAUACUUUAUCUCUUAAUGUGCACAGCUCAGAAGUACAAAGUGGAGUCAGUAAGCAGGAGGAUGCCACCAUACUGACCGCCAGGAGAAUAGUGUAAUGAUGAGAUCUCUGAAAGGCACUUGUCAGAGGAAUGUGCUUUCCUGUCAGUUAUCCUCUGCUCCACAGCUUUCUGUUAGUGCUCAAGCCUGUGCUCAGAUCUUAGAUUAUGUAGACAUGACCUCCUCCUCUUUUGCCGUCUCAGGGGGGUUUUAUCAUUUGGUGUAUGCAAUCUAGUCAGUCCUGUGAAAGCACUGCUGAUGAACUCGACAUUCAACUCUCUGCACUUUGAUUGGAUAGAAAGCCACUUAGUAAAGACAAAUUGGAGCAAAUCGUGGUCUGAAUUCAAUUCUGUAGGGGGCUUAAACACAUGUUGAGUGUUGUCUCCCACUCACCAGCAUCGACCUUAACAGAGAAAGACUUAGCUGGGCAUGUGAAGCCGUGUUGGGAAAGGCCUGCUCAGUGGUGUUGCAGGGAGCCAGAACUGGGAUACGACACACCCGUCCUGUCCACUUUGUGUACAUACUGACCAGAACUGAAAAUGGAAGCAUUCUUUUCUCUAACAGUAUUCAUAGAAUCCCAGUGAUGGCCGUAGUGCUACCAUUUUCUGAUUUUCAUUGAGUAGAAAUGGACAGAAUACCGGCAGGAAAUUGGCAGCAUAAAAACAUUCAGAAUUCAGUUCAAAUGGUAUGAUGGUAAAAUUAACCUAUCUUGUAAAAGGAUAAAAUUAUGAUUCCAGGCACAUACAUGCCAGUCUUUGUGGUGCAGUACAGAUGUAGUAUGGUGAAACUGCAGUGCAGCAUGUUGUUGUGUACUGUCAGAAAUGUGGACACAGCGGUACACUUACCUGGUCAACACACAGAGAGUAAAGCACGUCAUUACAGAUGUGUCAGUCUCCCAGUUUUGUGUUCACAACCGUGACUGAUGACGGCACGGCUUUGGUUCCUUGCCCCCCCCCUCCCCCCUUCUCCUCCCUCUGAAGCACAGCCCCACUCAGGUCUCCAGUGUGUAAGGGCCUGGCAGGGAUGGAGGACCUCCUUUUGCGCUGGACCUCCAGUAUGCAACAUUCCUCAACUUCUAGCGAACUUCCAUCUGUGUAGGUAUCUGUAUAUUCAUGGCAUCUCUUUUCCUCCCCCUGUUUCUCUCCGUCUUCUUCGAGACGAACAAAUGCCUUAUUAACAUUUAGCAGCUUUUAACGGUAGUGAAAGCUUUUUUGUUGAUUUGCACAGGUGACUGAAAGAUCGACCGUAGUUUGGAGGAAACAGAUUUAUGAGGCGCGUCAGUGGAUACAAUAUCAAGGAACCAGUUGAAUUUGCUGCAGCUUUGAAAAGUUUGGCAAAGGAAUGAGUGAGACCGAGCUCUGAACUGAGCCGUCUGCUUGAGGAUUUCUACUCUAACCCCUCUUUCAGUGUGUCCAUGGAGGUGUUGGGAGUUAAGUUGAGAAAUGAUGUUUAAAUGAUCCACAGAGAAAAACCAGAGCCCCUUUGCAAUGUGUCCCGCAGUAUUCCUCCUCAUCUCCCAGGGACCCACGUGUGCCUUUCACUUUCACCGUACCUUCAGUGGUAUGGCAGCUUAGCCCGCGUUAUUUACAACCCAAUUUGACAGUAGCUGUAAAAGAUUUCUGAGUUAUAUAUAUAUAUAUAUAUAUAUAUAUAUAUAUAUAUAUAUAUGACGAUAUCUAUAGACAUUAUACUGCAUAUGUACAUUGUGCCCCCAUACCACUUCUGUAAUGAACAAGGCAAUGUCCCUGAGCUUGGGGAACUCCUGGAUGCUCUUAGUUCUUCCAUAUCCCUUGCAUUUGAAGUACGCGGCAAUGGCCACAUUUGAGUUUGCAUUUCACCGUCGAGCGUUUCUACCAGCCCGCUUCAACACGGUGACGAUUGAAAUGUGUUAAUUAAUCACCUGAUAAUGCAGUGGAGGUAGGUAGCAAUAAAAGGUUUGGAGAGAUUAAAUAGUGUACAUAAACUCUCAACUUUUAAGUGGUUUUAAAACGACCUUUUUCCCCCAGUCAAAUGUGGUCAGAAUGUUCACAAAGGCUGAUGUGGAAUGCUGGAUGUAUAAAUAUUUGUCAUUUUGAUUCUUGCAACUCAAGAAUUUCAUUGGCUGUUUGCCUUAAGCUUCUCAUUGACAAUGAUGCUCUUGCAUGUUUGUUUUUUUUUGUGCAGAGUGUUGCUAAUCAGUUGUCUUUCAAGUCUUGGUGGAAAUGAAAAUGAUUCUGCUAUGCACUAAAACUCUGCCUGAUGCCUUUAAAACGAGAGGAAAAGAAAAAUAGAAAAAAUAAGACCUCGAUGCCUGUAGAAGUAGACUGCAGACUUGUAGAUGCUUGGUCGGCUCCGAUACCUUACGACAGAAGCCCGGACUUUUCGUUCAUCAGUCUGCCUUGUGAAGGACACAGCACGAGCAUCUUAAAACAUUAGAUGGUGUGUUUCUGCUGGUGUCUGUACCAAAUAUGCUGUACAAAAGACAAGCCUUUUGACAGUUCUCUUUCUAUUUUGAUGAUAAAAGCACACAGACGUAUUUAGGCUAUGCAAACCGUGACAGCAAUGAGAUGAUGUGAUUUGACGGAUAGAUCGUAGAACUGUAAUGUCCCGCAUAAACGUCACUGACUGUAUAGGAAAAAAAAACAUCCAAAUAGUGUGUGGUCCAUUUUUGAUGAUGUAAACUCGUAGGAGUGCCUUAACUCCUGUUUAAAUACCAAUCUGACAGUGUGUCUGUAUGCUUUUCUAAAAAAAAAAAAAAAAAAAAAAAAAUAUUUCAAAAAAAAAAACCUCAGUAAUCUGAUUACUUUUGUUUGCUCAUUUUAUGAGUUGUCGGGCGGGAAUCGAAGCUUUGGCAGGGUUUUUUUUGUUUUGUUUUUUGUUUUUGUUUUUUUAAAUAAAAAGCUGGUUCUGUGGCCUAUGUGACUUCAGGAGUGAUUUAAGUUUUUAAAAGAACAAAAGUAAAACCAGCAUUCACGCAAGCGCUCGCUGCCGUUUUCUGUCACAACCAAAGACCGAACAAUAUGUUCCCAUUUUACAUGAUGGUAAGACAACAGACUGUAGAGCUCUAUUUUUGAUACUUCAUUUGAAAGAGAUGUCAUUCCUAAAAAAAGGUUGGGGACAUUUAAAUUUAUAUAAAUACCUAUAAAUAUAUAAAUGUUUUGUAAUAUAAAAAAGGGAAAUACAGGUUUAGCUGAUGUUUACCAAGCCUUGUAUUGCCAUUUCCUGUACAUUUUGUAUUUUAAACGUUUUGUAAUUUUCAAGACUGCAGUGCUUUUUAACAUUAUCUGAAGGGAAUACCUUGCAUUCUAGGCUCUAAAGUAGUGUAUCAAUAAAAAGGAAUAUGUU